GGCGGAGCCGCGCCUGCGCAGCUGCCCGGCGCCGGCUUCCGGGUGGUGCGAGCGCGAUGGGGCGGCGGGCAGGUGUCGCCUAGUAGCAGCGGCGAGUGGGCGUGUAUGCCGAGCGGUCUGGCCCGAGGGCUGGGGGCGGCCGAGGGUCUUCGGGAGGAGGCCAAAGGGCGCGGAGAGAGCCUGGGAUCGCCGUCCGCCGCUGCCACCCGGUAUGUCGGCGGAGGCCUCGGGCCCGGCGGCGGCCGCGGCCCCGUCCCUAGAAACCCCUAAGCUCUCGGGUCUAGAGCCUGGCUCCGCCGCCUACGGUCUCAAGCCGCUGACCCCGAACAGCAAGUACGUGAAACUGAACGUGGGCGGCUCGCUGCACUACACCACGCUGCGCACCCUCACGGGACAGGACACCAUGCUCAAGGCCAUGUUCAGCGGCCGUGUGGAGGUGCUGACCGACGCCGGAGGUUGGGUGCUGAUUGACCGGAGUGGCCGUCACUUUGGUACGAUCCUCAACUACCUGCGGGACGGGUCUGUGCCACUGCCAGAGAGUACCAGAGAACUGGGAGAGCUGCUGGGCGAAGCACGCUACUACCUGGUUCAGGGCCUGAUUGACGACUGCCAGCUGGCACUGCAGUCUUGCUCUGUCCCCCAGGCUGGAAUGCAAUGGCAUGGUCUCGGCUCACUGCAACCCCUGCCUCCCAGGUUCAAGAGAUUUUCUUGCCUUAGCCUCCCGAGUAGCUGGGAUUACAGGUGCCCACCACUAUGCCCAGCUGAUUUUUGUAUUGUUAGUAGAGUUGGGUUUCACCAUGUUGGGCAGGCUGGUCUUGAACUCCUGACCUUGUGAUACACCCGCCUCAGCUUCCCAAAAUGCUGGGAUUACAGGCAUGUGCUACCACACCUGGCUGAUCAUAAAAGUUUCUUUUCGAAUGCCCUUUGUAGAUUAAAAAGUGGCCUGUCUGAACAACUUUCUGUUGUCUCAGGGAAUACUUACUGGUUCUUGAAACCCAAAGGUAUAGAACUCCUCUGGACAAUAUCCGUGUUUUCAAACUUUUUGUUGCGUCCCAUCGGGGGAAAAAUGCAUUUUAAUACUCAUAUAUAACUGAAAUAACAGUUCUGUAAAAAGAUACUUUUAAUGAAAUGUACUCUGAUAAUCUUCUUUCUUUUUAUGCUGUUUGGGACCCGUUACUUAUUUCAUGACCCAUUAAUAAAUUACCACUUGCAUUUGAGAAACACUGAUUGAACUAGAUCUUAGAAGUACAUUCCUGCUCUGUAUUUCUUUUUCUUUUUCUUUUCUUUUUUGAAACAAAGUCUCUCUGUUUCCCAGGCUGGAGUGCAAUGGCUUGAUUUUGGGUCACUGCAACCUCUGCCUCCCAGGUUCAAGCAAUUCUCCUGCCUCAGCCUCCCAUGUAGCUGGGAUUACAGGCACCCACCACCACACUUUGCUACUUUUUUGUAUUUUUAGUAGAGACAGGGUUUCACCAUGUCGGCCAGACUGAUCUUGAACUUCUGACUUCAUGUGAUCUACCUGCCUUAGCCUCCCAAAGUGGUGGGAUUACAGGUGUGAGCCACCGCGUGAGGCCUGUAGUUUUAAAUUUACUAAUUUUAUCAUGUAUCUGCAGUGUGUCAAGAGAGAUUCUGCUAUCUGCUUGUGUAUAUAUCUUGUACCCUUGUUUGACAUAAAAAGAAACACGAGGGAGCUUGGGUGAUACAUCCAAGGUCAAAGAGCUUGGAAGCCGCAGAGCUCAGAUUUGACCCCAGGUUACCUGGCUAUCUGACCAUCAACCUCCCAAGAGCAAUGCUUUUCUGUACUCCUGCUCUCUCCUUUCCAAGCUCCCUCCCCACCCCACACAGCUUGGCACACGCCUCAGUGUGGCAUUUCAUCAUCAUUAUUGGUCUUUGCAAACCUUUUCUCUUUCAUUUUAUUUCUUCCCCUUCAUUCCCAAUCCCCUGCCUACUUUUCUUUUCCCCAGGGGCACCCAUCCAAUUCUAAUGUUUUGUUACAUAUGCUGGAAAAGCUAAAGCAUUGUUCUGCAUAUGUGUGUAUUUGAAAUGUCCAUAAAUGGCAUUGAAGCUGUGAAUCAGUU